CCGCCGUCAUUCUAUGAGGUCAUCGACCCGCCAUGUUGCCAUUCCCCAAUUUCCAUUUUGACCCGCAAGCAACGUCUACCAGCACAAGCAGCAUGGCGAGCAAUAGCACCAACUCGAUGAUGACGUGUCCGUGCCCGUUGACGGCCUGCAAUACGCUCAGCGACAACAACCAGGCGCCCAAGGCCAAGCUGACAAAGCGGCCCUCCAAGACCGUCGUCUGCCUCCGCGAGACGACGGCCUUCAAGCUCUCCGAGGUCGAGCCCGCGACCAAGACGUCGUCGAUGUCGAAAACGUCGACGCCAUCGGCCGUGUGCACGUGUACGUGCAACUGCUUCAACGCGGUUGCCUCGGACAUUGAGGUGCACAGCGUCAACGUCGACAUGGCCCACGACGCGUGGCUCGACACGACGCGCCCGUAUGUGCCCGUGUACCAGGAGCUCGUCGGCGCGCAGCUGUCGCCGACGCCGUCUGCUACGUACUACACGCUGACCGAGUCGGGCCACCGCGGCUUGGAGGUCGCGACCGACCAGCUCCACGAGAUGUUCUACAAAGCCACCGAGUACGUCUUGGAGCACGAGGCCGAGGUCGGCCCGUUCUUCCACAUACCCAGUUCGCUCUGGCCCAAGAUACGCGCGUCGUGGGCGCAGAGCAAGCACGACAUUAUCUCUGGUCGGUUUGACUUUGCGCUCACGAACGAAGGCAUCAAGGUGUACGAGUACAACGCCGACUCGGCCUCGUGCCUCCUCGAGUGCGGCUACACGCAGGACGCGUGGUCCAACGGCGCCGGCAUUAACAGCGUCGGCCGCAGCAGCAGCCAUACCCUCUUUGCGCAGCUCGUUGCGGCGUGGAAGGGCAAGACGCUCGACGGGCCGCUCCAUCUCAUGUGCGACAACGACCUCGAAGAGCGGUAUCAUGCCAUGUACAUGCAGUCGGCGGCCGAGGCUGCGGGCAUCCCGUGUCACCUCCUCAUUGGUCUCGACGGGAUCACAUCGACCGACGAUGGCCGGUACUUUGACGCCAACCAUCGCGAGAUCCGCAACGUCUGGAAAACGUGGUGCUGGCGCACGGUCAUGAACCAGGUCGAGGCCGCCGAGAGCGGCAACUUGCCCGCGACCGGCUUUCGCCUCAUGGACCUUCUCCUGGACGAAAACGUCCGAGUGUUUGAACCGCUCUGGACGCUUCUCGCCGGCUCGAAGGCCAUUUUGCCGAUCCUCUCGACCUUGUACCCGACCAACCCGUUCUUGCUCAAGUCGUCCUUUGAAGAGAAGGACGUGGCCACGUCCGGUCGUGGCUACGUGGCCAAGCCCGUGAUGGGCCGCACGGGCAGCAACAUCUCGCUCUACUCGGCGAGCCACGAGCUCUUGAACGAGACGGGCGGUCGCUGGGUCGACGACACGAUCGUGUACCAGGAGCUCGCGAUGCUCCCCAAGUAUAAGGACCAAUUCGUCCAAGUCAACACGUGGGCGAUCAACGGCCGCUUUGGCGGCACGGUCCUCCGCCAAGACGCGUCCAGCAUCAUUGGACUCAACUCGGAGAUCCCAUCGCUCCGCAUUGUGCCCAACCCGACAGAAGCCGUGGCGUAAGCUGCGCACCUUAUUUAAGUCCUGCGCCACACCAGCCCAUUAAGCUUAUUGGACGCAGGCGACUUAAUAAGUAAUUAAUACUUUAUAUAAGCCAA